CUUUAAAUGCUUUGAACCUACGCUUUCGCGUCGCCCCGCUGUGCCGGCUCGGAGUCCCGGUGGACCGCCGGAACACCAAACCGCGCCCCUCGCUAUCUACCGUCACCCGAGACAAAAUAUUUGGCGAGAGCGAAUCCCGGCGAUCCAAGGCUUUAAUUGGAAAAAAAUCUAUCGUCCCGAUUCGUCCAGCUCAAAUGAGGGUUCUGAUCCUGUAGCAGUGCUUCUUCUUCCUCCUCUCGUUUUGAAAGAUCUUACAGUUGUCUGUACCGGCUAGUCAUGUCAUCUUGUGAUCCUGAGUCUAGUGAUCCUCAGAAUAUUGAAGAUAUGAUGGAUAUCAAUGAGGAUGCCAAUAACUAUGCUCAGCAUUUAUCAAAGCCGAGCAUAUCUGUUGCUAGCAGUGUUUAUGAACUCCUAGAAUGUCCUGUUUGCCUGAAUGCUAUGUAUCCACCCAUCCAUCAGUGUUCAAAUGGUCACACAUUGUGUUCUGGAUGCAAGUCUAGAGCACUCAAUAGGUGUCCUACUUGCAGGCAUGAAUUGGGUAAUAUUAGAUGUCUUGCUUUGGAGAAAGUGGCGGCUUCUCUUGAACUUCCAUGCAAGUAUCAGGGCUUUGGUUGUAAUGGGAUUUAUCCUUACUAUUGCAAGUUGAAACAUGAAUCACUAUGUGCAUAUCGACCCUACAAUUGUCCCUAUGCAGGCUCUGAUUGCACUGUUGUAGGUGAUAUUCCUCAUUUGGUGAGUCAUCUGAAAGAUGAUCACAAGGUUGACAUGCACAAUGGAAGCACUUUUAACCAUCGAUAUGUCAGAUCAAAUCCAGAUGAGGUUGAGAAUGCCACAUGGAUGCUAACGGUAUUUAGUUGCUUUGGGCAGUACUUCUGCCUUCAUUUCGAGGCUUUCCAGAUGGCCAUGGCACCUGUCUACAUAGCAUUCUUGCGCUUCAUGGGGGAUGAGACUGAGGCUAAAAAUUAUAGCUACAGCCUUGAGGUUGGCGGCAGUGGACGCAAGAUAAUCUGGCAAGGGGUGCCUAGAAGCAUAAGAGACGGCCACAAGAAGGUACGUGAUAGCUACGAUGGUCUUCUCGUCCACCGAAACAUGGCCCUAUUCUUCUCCGGUGGCGAUCGGAGAGAAUUGAAGCUGAAGGUGACCGGGAAGAUUUGGAAGGAACAGUGAGAAGUCUCUCAUCCAGAUGGUCCAUAUACUUGUGUGAGUUGUGUCUUUCCUGAUCAUGCAUUCUUGCAUAGUUGGAAGGCAAGCUCAAUUUGCUUGCGCGGAUGCAUGAAUAUUUGAAUGGGAAAACAAUGCAUGAAUAUUUGAGUGGAAAAACAAUCUGUUACAUUAUUACAUGUAUACGUGCCAUGUCAAGGAUAUAGACAACCUGCUGCUGAUUCCAUUUUAUCAUGCUCAUCUGAGUCAAAAAUUUGUUUGGUUUGAGAAACAUGGCAAGCUAAUGCUUUGGAGUUUUCUGUAACAUAUAUGCCUUGAAUGAAAUAGAUAACUUGUUCCAAAGCUCAUGAU